UUAUUACGAGUCCAAUGAGUUUACAGUGCACUAAUAAUGUUUACCCCUAUUUUGAGUUUGAAUUUAGCAUUACUUGCUGGAGUUUUUCUUUACGGAUCAAACAACCACAACGUAGCCGGAAACUCGCCGAAAAUCACCGGGCGCUUCGAAGCUACUCCCGGGAAAGGACUACUCAGCCGCGUUUUUCCCACGAUUAACAGCCGCAACUGUUGAAUGCUCCCGCUCCCCGACCCUCCAAUUGCGUACAAUUACGGCGCUAUUAACAACAUACUCCACUUCUAUGCUUCCUCUUCUCAAAUUGGUUCCAACCUAUAAACUUCAUCCAGUUUUUAGGGUUUCUACAUUGCAUCGAUGGGUUUACCAAUGCUUUUCAGCAUCUACAAAUUCUCUACAAAUGACAUCACAUAACUUUGACAGCAAUAAAAAAGAGACUGAUUUCAAUUUUUUAUUUAACUCCUGCAUCAAUGUUAAUGUUACUAAGCAGCUUCAUGCUCUUCUAGUUGUAUUGGGAAAAUCUCAAAAUGUUGUUCUAUCUACAAAGCUUAUUAAUUUAUAUGUUACUUUUGGUGAUAUCUCAUUAUCACGCUCUACUUUUAACCACAUUCACAAAAAGAAUAUAUUUUCGUGGAACUCUAUGAUAGCUGCUUAUGUUCGUUCUAGCAAAUAUCAUGAAGCUAUGAAUUGUGUCAAUGAAUUUUUGUCUGUGUCUGAUGAUCUACGACCUGAUUUUUAUACUUUUCCUCCUAUAUUGAAAGCUUGUGUAAAUCUGAUUGAUGGGAAGAAAUUACAUUGUUGGGUUUUAAAGAUGGGUUUUGAGCAUGAUGUAUUUGUAGCUUCUUCAUUGAUCAAUUUGUAUUCAAGAUUUGGUGUUUUAAAUGCUGCACACAAGGUGUUUGUUGAUAUGCCGGUUCGAGAUGUUGGUUCUUGGAAUGCAAUGAUUUCUGGGUUUUGUCAGAAUGGAAAUGCAGCUGAGGCAUUAGGUGUUUUGAAUAGUAUGAAAGUUGAGGGGGUAAAGAUGGAUACGGUCACGGUGUCGAGUAUACUUCCUGUUUGUGCACAGUCAGAUGAUAUCGUCAAUGGGGUAUUGAUUCAUUUGCAUGUGUUGAAACAUGGGUUGGAAACUGAUGUUUUUGUUUCUAAUGCUUUGAUUAAUAUGUAUUCAAAGUUUUGUAGGCUGGAAGAUGCACAAAAGGUUUUUGAUCAUAUGGAAGUGAGGGAUUUGGUAUCUUGGAAUUCUAUAAUUGCUGCAUAUGAGCAGAAUGAUGAUCCGAAUACUGCGCUUCGAUUCUUUAAAGGGAUGCAACUUGUUGGAAUACGGCCGGACUUGUUGACAGUUGUGAGUUUGACCUCAAUUUUUGGUCAGUUAAGUGAUCAAAGGAUUAGUAGAUCUAUUCAUGGAUUUGUUAUGAGGGGUGAAUGGCUUGAGAAGGAUGUUGUGAUUGGCAAUGCACUUGUGAAUAUGUAUGCGAAAUUGGGAGAUAUGAAUUGUGCACAUACAGUUUUUGAACAGCUUCCUAGCAAAGAUACAAUAUCAUGGAACACAUUGAUCACAGGUUAUGCUCAAAAUGGUCUUGCAAGUGAGGCAAUCGAUGCUUACAACAUGAUGGAAGAGUGUAGAGAUAUAACCCCAAAUCAAGGGACUUGGGUGAGUAUUAUACCAGCAUAUUCCCAUGUUGGAGCUUUGCAACAAGGGAUGAAAAUUCAUGGGAGGCUAAUAAAAAACUCUCUCUACUUGGAUGUCUUUGUGGCUACUUGCUUAAUUGACAUGUAUGGAAAAUGUGGGAGGUUAGAGGAUGCAAUGUCCUUAUUUUACGAAAUUCCACGGGAAACAUCGGUUCCUUGGAAUGCCAUAUUAGCUUCUCUCGGAAUUCACGGGCGUGGUGAAGAAGCUCUACAACUUUUCAAAGAUAUGCUAGCCGAAAGGGUAAAGGCCGAUCAUAUUACCUUUGUAUCUUUGUUGUCAGCCUGUAGCCAUUCGGGUUUAGUUGAUGAAGGCCAAAAGUGCUUCGAUAUUAUGCAGAAAGAGUAUGGAAUAAAGCCUAGUUUGAAACAUUAUGGCUGCAUGGUGGAUUUGCUAGGCAGAGCUGGGUAUUUGGAAAAGGCUUAUGAUUUAUUGAACAAUAUGCCAUUACAAGCAGAUGCAUCCAUCUGGGGUGCUCUUCUUGCCGCUUGUAGAAUACAUGGAAAUGCAGAAUUGGGUACAUUAGCUUCAAGUCGCUUAUUGGAAGUCGAUUCGGAGAAUGUUGGCUAUUAUGUUUUGUUGUCGAAUAUCUAUGCCAAUUCCGGAAAAUGGGAUGGAGUGGUUAAGGUAAGAUCGUUGGCGAGAGAUCGCGGAUUGAGGAAGACUCCCGGGUGGAGCUCUGUUGUAGUUGGCAGUAAAGUUGAAGUCUUUUAUACUGGGAACCAAACACAUCCAAAAUACACAGAGAUAUACAAGGAAUUAAGGGUUUUGAGUGCCAAAAUGAAGAGCCUUGGUUAUGUUCCUGACUAUAGUUUUGUGUUACAAGAUGUUGAGGAGGAUGAAAAAGAGCAGAUUUUGAUUAGUCAUAGUGAGAGAUUGGCCAUUGCAUUUGGAAUUAUCAGCACCCCACCAAGAAGUCCUAUUAGGAUAUUUAAAAACUUGCGUGUUUGUGGUGAUUGCCAUAAUGCAACUAAGUAUAUAUCUAGAAUUACUGAGAGGGACAUAGUUGUAAGGGACUCAAACCGUUUCCAUCAUUUUAAAGAUGGGAUUUGCUCAUGUGAUGAUUAUUGGUAAAAGUCCAUAAUUUAUUGAACCUUGAAAAGAUUUUGCUGUUACAAAUACAACAGAUAUUUUCCUUGCACAAACACCACUAAGAUUGCCUUGUAGACUUUGUCUUCAUAUUGUGGAAAAGUUGCAAGCACUAGAGAACACAUUUGUAAGCUGAAUCUGAUAUCAGUCAGUGGGACCAUAACAACUCUGCUCUUGAGUUGCGAUCAGUAUUUAUAUGCAAAA